AUGGCGACUACACAGACAGAAACGCGGUUUUCCAGCCUAUUGUCAAGAGAGAAGGCAGCUACAGACGAACAGCCGGUCCACCUCUCCUUGUGUGGAAUCGAGGUGCCUAGUGUCGGCCCUGAUCGUGGAGCGACCGAUGAUGACAUCUGGAGAACAGCCGAGGGAAGGGUUGCAGGUACACCUCAUCCCAAGGACGACGCUCGCAAGAUUGUCGGACACAUCAAAAACCGUCUCAACGGCUCGAGCCCGUCUGGAAGCGGCAGCCGUCUACUCAAACUAGCAGACGACAUCACCACCGACAUCACAGAUGCCACCUCCGGCAGCGAGCCGGCGCGCCUGAAAGUGGCCACAGCAGCGCUCGAACUGGCAGCCGCUGUCCGCCCUCCGUCCGAUGCCAUCAUGUCCCUCUUUGCCAACAUGUCUGUCGUCUCCGCCGUCAGACUGUUCCAGCACUGGGGUGUGUUUGACAUGCUCCCCACAUCACCCCCAACCCAAGGGACUGCCUGCUGCGAUAUCGCCAGACAGAUCAAUGCGGAAGAAGGGAUAGUCUCAAGGAUAUCAACCAUGCUCACCUCCUCCCGCAUUCUCUCUCUUACACACAACGGAGAGCUCUGUCACACACCAACCUCGUUGUUGCUACGAUCGUCGGAGCCGAUGGCGGCCAUGUUUGACUUGAUGUACACCAAUAUCGUGCGGGUGUCUGACAUUUUGCCUUGUUACUUUGACACCUACGGGAAAAAGGAACCGGUGGGGCCGGGCCAUGUCCCUGUUACGGUGUUGACGGGGGAGGCGGAGUUGGGGUACUUUGAGAGUGUGGCUAAGGACGAGGAGAGGAUGAGGGGUUUCACGAGGGCGAUGGGGGUUGCGUCGGGGAGGGUGCCGGUGACGGGAGUUUAUCCUCUUGGGAAGGUGCUGGAUGGUGUGGAGGAGGAGGACGAUGGGAGGGUGAUGUGGGUGGAUGUUGGUGGGGGUGGGGGGCAUGUGCUGAGGCGGUUCAGGGAGGGUUGUGCCGGUUUGAGGGAUGGGAGAUGCGUGGUGGUUGAUUUGGCGGGAGUGGUUGAUCAGGGAAGGAUUGAGGCGGAAGGGGAUGAGCUGAUGAUGGCGGUGGAAUGGGUGGAGGGGGAUUUCAUGAGGGAGAUGACGGUGAAAGGGGCAAGGUUUUAUUACCUGAGGCAUAUUCUACGGGACUAUUCGGAUCCAAUAGCAACGCUGGUCUUGAGGAAUGUGGCACGGGCGAUGGGCCGGGAUAGUAGGAUUUUGGUUUCCGAGCAGAUCAACCCUGAUGGUGGUGGUACGACGGGGAGACCAAUGCCCCUGUAUGCUGCCUUCAAGGACUACUCUAUGCUUGCUAUUGGUGGGAAGGAGAGGUCGUUGACUCAGUUUGAGAGAAUUGGGAAAGAGGCUGGGCUGAGGGUUGAGGCGGUGUAUAGGGAUAGUAAGGGGACUGGACAUGGGGUGGUUGAGUUUGUUUUGGAGGGGUAG